AUGGAACGCACGAUCCAAAAGCAGAAAGCAGAAAAAGCUUUGUCCAUUUUGAUGCGCGCCAGAAUGAAGCCCAACGAUCGUACAAACCUUUCUCUCUCUCCCAUUCCUCUAACUAACGCGAAGAGUCAAAUGCAGCAGCAGAAUUCCCGCCAAAACGAAUCUCCAGGUGAAGGAAAUUCGGCGCCUAAUGAUUCCGGCAACUCCGAGAGAGAGUUUAAGCGUGUCCGUGCUUCAAUGCACUCUGCUAUAUCAAUGAACAAAACAGAAGUUCUGGAUGAUGUGCUUAAUAACUUCUCCGAGGGUUAUUUUAGUCUUUCUCAUGAAAACCGUCGCAAGUUGCUCCUUGUCCUUGCCAGGGAGUAUGAUCUGAAUCGAUCACAAGUGCGUGACCUCAUAAAGCAAUACCUUGGACUUGAACUACCUGCUGACAAAGCUCAAGUGAGUGGCUCGGAAGAUGAAGCCUUGUUUUCUUCUUUCUAUCGCAUCGAGAAGAAUUUGAGGCAUGCCCUUCAGCCAGUUUACGAAGUUCUCUUUGAGCGUCUCAACACUCAUCCUGGAGGAUUGAGGAUCUUGUCCAUUCUUCGAGACGAUAUCCUAACUAUUCUUGCAGAGGAAAAUAUUGCAUCUCUGAGAGCAUUGGAUGCUUAUUUAAAGGAAAAAUUUAUUACAUGGCUUAGUCCUGCUGCCUUAGAGCUUCACCAGAUUACAUGGGAUGAUCCUGCUUCUUUGCUGGAGAAAAUUGUUGCUUAUGAAGCUGUGCACCCUAUUAGCAACCUUCUAGAUCUUAAGAGAAGGCUGGGAAUUGGCCGUCGUUGUUUUGGAUAUUUACAUCCCGCUAUUCCUGGUGAACCCCUAAUUUUCAUUGAAGUUGCACUACUGAAGGAUGUUGCUCAGACAAUACAGGAAGUUUUGUGGGACAGUCCUCCAAUACCUGAAAGCGAGGCAACAUGUGCCUUGUUCUACUCUAUAUCUUCAACUCAGCCUGGCUUAGCAGGGAUCAACUUAGGAAAAUUUCUUAUCAAGCGAGUUGUAACACAGGUGAAAAGAGAGAUGCCACAUAUAUCUACAUUUGCAACUUUGAGUCCCAUCCCGGGAUUCAUGUCAUGGCUUUUGUCCAAGUUAGCAGCAUCUCAGGUACUAGCAGAAGGAGACAAUCUGUCUCAACCACAAGCAGAGGGAUCUAGUUCUACUUUCUACGAAAAUAUACUUAAACCUGAGGAAGAAGAAGCACUUAUGAGUUUAGCUAAGGAUACUGCCACGGGAAAAAAUGGAAUGGAUUUGAUGUUCAACUUGCUUACUUCUACAUCCUCUAAGUGGAUCCAUUCUCCAGAACAUCUGUCAGCGUUAAAAACCCCUUUGAUGCGUUUAUGUGCCAGGUACCUUCUACAAGAGAAGAAAAGAGGAAAAGCUUUGGACUCUGUAGCAAAUUUUCACUUGCAAAAUGGAGCGAUGGUUGAAAGAAUAAACUGGAUGGCUGAUCGAUCAGAAAAAGGUCUCUCUCAAAGUGGAGGAAUCAUGGUGAACUAUGUGUAUAGGUUGGAUCACAUAGAAGAAUAUGCCCAUUCAUAUUUCAGCAAUGGUGAAAUUCAUGCCUCAAAUGAUCUACAUCGCUAUGUCGAUGUAGUGGAAAAUGCCUAA